AUGGCAGGCAGAAAUGUUUCGUUUUCGAAGCCCAAAACUCCCUCUUUUAUAGCAAAAUUUAAGGAAAAGGUUGGCUAUCAGGAAUCCGCCACAGUUGAAACGAAAUUCCAAGAGACUGAGACGUGUAAUUUAGAUAACAGAGAGCACGAAGACGAAAAACCGACCGUAGUUUUGGGAUCAAAUGUCAGCGAAGCCGAAGCUAACGCGUUCCUAGAUCGUUUGAAGGAAGAUGAGGCCGACUCGCAAGGUUUGUAACGAAUCUCAAUCAUCAUAUAAAUUAGCUUUCAACUUUCGAAAUCUCAGUGUUCAUCCUCCACGCAAGUAUUUAAAAAGUGCCUCGAAAGCUAAAAUCUCUGAGCAUGAAAUUUCCCUUGUGUUUCCACUGACUCAUCCCCGGUCGUCUCUCUCUGUCUGGCUCUCUGUCUCCUCCUUAGUGGCGCGAGGGGUACCCCCUGCUCCCGCCGCGCGCGUUACGCGAAGACGACUGGGUACAAGUCAGGUGUUUCCAUACUAACUCUUUUGAAACAUUAUGUACCACUCAAGUCCAAAAUCGCCCACCCCCCCCAACCCCGAGCAUAGCACGGACAUUUGACUGCGUUUUUAUUCGUACAGUAGGGACUUUGACCCAAAAUGAGGCCCGCCCAGUCACACAUGUGACUUUCGUGUCAAAACGCCAGUCAGCGUCUCAAGCCAACGGAUUUUGUGAUUAUUUCAUUCAGCAUGUGUACCGCGUUCAUGGGUUAUUUCUCCUAUAUUCACUGUUUUGUUGGAGCAUUUGAGAGUCUUUCAAAAAGCCUGCUAAAUGUGGGCUUUGUGGAAUGAACAAUUUUAUUCAAAUGAACAAACCUCCGUAAGACAGCUUUCCGAGAUUUGAGAUAUUUCAGUUGUAUUUAUUAGGAUAUUUACAUUUGAAUAAAUGUUUUGACAUGUGGGAAAAAUUUAAAUAGUCACUGGUGGGUAGUGGGAAGUGCUAGCCAGUGGGGCAUUUGACCAUCUCAACUGCCAACAUACCAGGGAAUUUGACCAAAUUUUUUCAAAAAAAGGUCAAAGGCCCCGGGGUCUGCCUGGGAAGGGGUGGGGGAGCAUGGGCAGUUUUGGAAUUGACAGGUACAUAACACUGUUUUAACAGCUUUCAGGGGACCGUAACAAAAGCCUUUUUCAUACUGGAGACACAUUAGCAAGUUUAAGCUACUUCAACACUGACAUCCAAAAAUUGAAAGAAAGAGUUUCAUAUAUUAUUCUCUUUGAUAGUUUUGCAAUGCCAAUGAAAGAACUGAAAAUAUCAUUUUAAUGAUUAUUAGAUGCUGAGAAAAAAGAUAAUGUAGAAGAAGGUGGGAAAAUUCUCUUUAAGAAGCCAACCAAGAGAAAAUCAAGUGGCUUGAAUUCCAAAGGUGACAGAAAGAAGUCAAAACCAUCCAGUUCCAUGAAGAACGUCAAGAAUAAGAGCCUUUUGUCAUUUAAUGAAGAAGAAGAUGGAGAUUUAUAA